AUGGUAGCAGAGACAAAACUCUACGACGCCCUCUCCAUCUCCCCUUCGGCGUCCCAGGAUGAAAUCAAAAAAGCAUAUCGAAAAGCAGCCUUAAAAUGGCACCCCGACAAGAACAAAGACAACCCUAAUGCUGCAGAAAAGUUCAAAGAGGUCUCUCAGGCAUAUGAGAUUCUGUCGGACCCAGAGAAGAGAAAGGUCUAUGAUCAAUAUGGCUUGGAAUUCCUUCUGAGAGGUGGUCAGGCUCCUCCACCGGGAGCAGAGAUGCCAGAUGGCAUGCCUGGCGGUGGUUUCGGUGGUAUGCCAGGAGGCUUCAGUUUUGGAGGCAUGCCUGGCGGCGGAGGCGGUGGUGGUACACGGACAUUCCACUUCUCCACGGGCGGUGGUCCAGGAGGCUUCAGCUUUUCGGAUCCCAACGACAUAUUCUCCCAAUUUGCCAGAAGUGGUGCUGGCGGCGGCGGCGGUGGUGAAGAAGCCGAAGACAUUUUCAAUCUGUUUAGUGGCUUAGGCGGCGGCGGCGGUGCGAGAGGGGCCGGAAGCAGACGAAGCACCGGAAAUUUUGCCCGUCAUGCCAGACCACAGACGCCUGAAGUUACCGUCAUUGAACGGCCGUUGCCAGUCACCCUGGAAGAGCUUUACAAGGGAGCACACAAGAAGAUGAAGAUCAAGAGAAAGACAUUCAACCCUCAAGGACAGCGGGUCACUGAGGACAAAAUUUUGGAGAUGGACAUCAAGCCCGGUCUGAAAGCCGGUUCCAAGAUCAAAUUCUCCGGGGUUGGGGAUCAGGAAGAGGGCGGUACGCAAGAUAUGCAUUUUAUCGUCACCGAAAAACCCCACACCACCCUUGUCCGCGAGGGAGACAACCUGAUAACGACGAUCGAGUUGGAUUUGAAAGAGGCACUUACCGGUUGGAAGCGCACUGUCACCACGAUUGAUGGGAAGCAACUGAACGUCUCUGGCGCGGGUCCAACUCAACCUGGUCACGAAGAGAGGUUUCCAAAUCUGGGCAUGCCGAUCAGCAAGAAACCUGGCGAGAGAGGCGACUUCGUUGUGAGGGUCAAGGUUAAUUUCCCUAGGUCGUUAACUGCCGCUCAGAAAGCCAAGAUCAAGGAGGCUCUUCCAUGA